AUGGUGGAAAUUCAGAUAGUGCCUCAAUUCCCAUUGCGCACAGGUGAGAUCCAGCAGUUGUUGAUUAUAGCUGACCCCAGAGCUGCAUAUGACUAUUGCGAGCAUUAUAGUCCAGACUGUGAUUCCCCAGUGCCUAAUGCUGCUCAGGCUCAAGAUCCUCAAGUUGAUGAGUACACACCAGAAGAUUUUAUCGAAUAUGACUAUGAGUAUGGGGAUGCAGAUUAUAAAGAAACUGAGUCUGUAACAGAGGGACCCUCACUGUUUGAAGAGACAAUAGCACAAACAGAGGCAAACAUUGUCGAUGAAUUUCAAGAAUAUAGCAUAGCUGAAAAUGACUACGGGCCCCAGACAGAAGCUCCCUCCAGAACUACUGAAGCCAAUGAGCAAAACCCUGUUGAAGAAGUAUUUGCUGAAGAAUACAUAACUGGAGAGGAUUAUGAUAAAAAAACUGAGGAAACUGAAUAUGGAAGCAGAGGAGUAGACCUCAGUGAAUCUGAUCUUCUGGUAGAUGGAGAUUUAGGCGAAUAUGAUUUUUAUGAAUAUAAAGAAUAUGAAGAGAAACCGACUGAUUCUACUAAUGAGGAGUUUGGUCCAGGUGUUCCUGCAGAGACUGAUAUCACAGAAACAAGCGUGACUCAACAUGGGGCUUAUGGAGAAAAAGGACAAAAGGGAGAACCAGCUGUGAUUGAACCCGGUAUGCUCAUUGAAGGACCGCCAGGACCAAGAGGCCCUGCUGGUCUUACAGGUCCCCCAGGUUUACAAGGCCCUGUUGGUCCUCCAGGUGACCCUGGUGAAAGGGGUCCACCUGGUCGUCCUGGUCUCCCUGGUGCUGAUGGUUUAGCAGGUCCCCCAGGUACCAUGUUAAUGCUGCCGUUCCGCUUUGGUGGAGAUGGUGAGAAGGGCCCAACAAUCUCAGCUCAGGAAGCUCAAGCACAAGCCAUUCUUCAGCAAGCAAGGAUUGCAAUGAGAGGUCCACCUGGUCCCAUGGGACUCACUGGAAGACCAGGUCCUGUGGGAGGACCUGGAGCAGCGGGUGCUAAGGGAGAAAGUGGCGAACCAGGUCCUCAGGGUCCUCGCGGUGUUCAAGGUGCCCCUGGUCCAAGUGGAAAAGCUGGCAAAAGGGGGCGGCCUGGAGCUGAUGGUGCCAGAGGAAUGCCAGGAGAACCUGGUGCAAAGGGUGACAGAGGAUUUGAUGGUCUUCCUGGCCUCCCUGGUGACAAAGGUAACAGGGGAGACCGUGGCCCACAGGGACCUCCUGGCUUACCUGGUGAAGAUGGAUCAAGAGUAAGCUGCUAUUUACUUCAGAUUCACAGUAAAAGUGGGAUUGAAUCCCAUGUAAUGGAAAUACAGUCAUAA